CUGGAGUGAAUUCAAACAUACCAUUCUUAUCAAGAUAAUUGUAGGCAAAACAACUUUGAAUGGUGGUGUCUGUGAUUUUGUAUUGCAUAAGCACCAUGUGACCCAACAGAUCUCUUUAUAAGACAGUCGAGUUAACAGAAGGAGACAAGGGAGUCUCCAGGACAGCUCUUGAAACAUCUUCCAACUCAGCAAGCCAUCACAAGACCAGCAUGUCCUCUAUGAACCGUCUCAACACUUCUGGCUCACAGAACAAAGACCAACACUUCACUGAUGUUCAUGGUCUGCCGUGCAUUGAGAAUCUGGUGUGCUCUGCAGAUGAAACCCCAGAGCCCAUCACAACUACAAUUACAGGUAACAUCCCCUUCUGGAUCAAAGGCAAUUUCCUCAGAAAUGGACCUGGAAAUUUUGAGAUCGGAAGAAGCAGUUUCAACCACUGGUUUGAUGGCAUGGCGCUUAUGCACCAGUUCCACAUUGAGGAUGGAAAGGUGACAUACAUGAGCCGCUUCCUCAACAGUGAUUGCUACAAGGAAAACCUUGAGCAUAACCGCAUUAUGGUGUCUGAAUUUGGCACGAUUGCCAUGCCAGACCCAUGCAAGAACUUCUUCCAGCGCUUCCUCUCUCGCUUUGAGCUGCCGAAGCCAAGUGACAAUGCGAAUGUGAGCUUUGUGCAAUAUAAAGGAGACUACUAUGUCAGCACAGAGACCAACUUUAUGCACAAAAUAGACCCACAGACGCUGGAAACAAAAGAAAAGGUGGACUGGAGUAAAUUUGUUGCAGUUAAUGGAGCCACAGCUCAUCCCCAUGUGGAUCCUGAUGGAAGUACAUACAACAUGGGCAACUCUUACACUCGAAAAGGUGCUUUCUACAAUAUAAUAAUGGUGCCGUCAAAGAAGGCGAAUCCAAAUGAGACCUUGGAAGGAGCCUCAGUUGUGUGUUCAAUCCCCUCAGAGGACAAGUCCAAACCAUCCUACUAUCACAGCUUUGCCAUGUCAGAGAACUAUGUGGUAUUCAUCGAGCAGCCAAUCAAAAUGGAUCUCUUGAAGAUUGUGACAAGCAAAAUGCGUGGAAAGGGGAUUAAUGAGGGUGUAUACUGGGACCCCAAACGAAACACAGUUUUCCAUGUAAUCAAUAAACACACAGGAAAGCUGAGCCUCAUCAAAUAUUAUGCAAAGCCAUUGUCAACCUUCCAUCAGAUAAACUGUUAUGAAGAAAAUGGUUUCCUGAUCAUGGACAUGUGCUGUUCUGAUGAUGGUCAAGCAAUUAACAACUACCUGAUUCAGAAUCUAAAAAAGUCUGGAAAUGCUCUAGAUGAGGUAUACAACACAAUGUGCAGAGUGUUCCCCCGCCGCUUUGUCCUGCCAUUGAACGUGGACAGUCAUACACCCUGUGGGCAAAAUCUCAACACGCGCUUGAACAGCACUGCGACUGCCAUCAAGACAGACAAGAAUAAGGUGUUUUGCACGCAUGAAGAUCUCCAUGGUGAUGAUCUCAGUGAAUAUGGAGGUCUGGAAUUCCCACACAUCAACUAUUCAAUGUACAAUUCCCGCCCGUACCGUUACUUCUACGGAUGUGGCUUCAGACACCUGGUUGGAGACUCCCUCAUUAAAAUGGACCUUCAAGGCAAACAAAUAAAGGUGUGGAAACAUGCAGGCAUGUAUCCCUCAGAACCGAUCUUUGUCUCAUCACCUGGUGCUGUAGAAGAGGAUGAUGGAGUCAUUCUGUCCGUGGUCAUCACCCCAAAUCAGGACAAGAGCACCUUCCUUCUGGUGCUGGAUGCAAAAAGAUUUGAAGAAUUGGGCCGGGCUGAGGUACCUAUCAGCAUUCCAUAUGGAUUCCAUGGGACUUUCCAAAAUAGACACUGAGAGACUCUUUUAAAAAGCCCAAAUGUUUAGCAAGAUUAUCAAGCUGUCUGUGAAUAACCUACUUUUCCUUUUCUGCUUGUGUUGUUUUCUCCCUUGAAUUAAUAACUUGUAUUAUAUAAUUUCAAUAAAUUUAAAAAUAAUGU